UAAACAGCUUUUGGCAGUCACUGUGUCUAGGCAGUAGAGGAGCAUCAAGCACAGACUCGGACGCUGCUGGAAGGAUCUAUUACAUUGAAAAAUUGGGAGAAGGCACAGUGUGACUAGACUGCUGCCUGAAAGGGAACAGAGCUGAGAGCACUGAGGACUGUGAAGAGAGCUUUCUGAAUCGGCAGAGCUCAAGAGGAUAUCAAGAUGUGGAAGAGGUCAAAGGUGACCGAUCAAUCUGCCGCUGGGCAGACGGGCAUCAAGAUUAAGUCGAAAGUGCCCGGUGUCAUGAUAACGCAGUUUAUGGAGGAACUUCCAGAGGGAAAGACAACUCCAGAUUUCACCCGCAAACCCAUUGCUCUGACUAUUCAAGAGGGUAAAUUUGCCAUCUUUAAAGCCAAAAUAGUGGGCAAUCCAACACCUACUGUAACAUGGAGCAGAGCUAAUGGAGAAAUUAAGUUUGAUGGUCACAUGUGCCUGCAGAAGUUUGACAACGCAUCUCAUGAGCAUACCCUUGAGUUUCCAAAGGUGACUCCAGAGGAUGCUGACACCUACAAGUGUUAUGCAUCAAAUGAAUAUGGAAGGGCUGUUUGCACUGUUGUCUUGAAUGUUAUUGCAGUUGGAUUCUCUAAAGCCAAGGAACUUCAAAAGGUAGAAGUAGAAGAUGUAGCGGAGAUGAGAAGCAGACUUAAAAAACGUAAUCCUGAUGGAACACGUGAACAAAAGCCAAUGUUGCUAGAGGACAAGAUCUGGGAAAUUCUUCUUAGUGCAGACAAGAAAGACUACGAGCGCAUCUGUGCUGAGUAUGGUAUCACCGACUUCCGCGGCAUGCUGAAGAAACUUAAUGAUAUGAAGAGAGAGAGAGAGGAGGAGAUUGCGGCGUUUGUAUCACACCUCAGUACACUGAAACAUAUUGAGGUCAAGGACAAUGACUGUGCAACAUUUGAGCUGGACAUGGACCUCAAGGAUCCUUCCAGCAAAAUCUUCCUGUACAAGGAUGGUGUCAUGGUUCCAUUCGCAAAAGAAGAAACCGAUGGGGUAAAGCACUGUCUGAAACAAAUUGGCAAGAAAUUUGUAUUCACAAUUAAAAAACUAGGCAAAGAUGAUGCUGGACUCUACUCAGUGGACGUUGAGGGCGUCAAUGUAUUUUCCACAGAAUUUAAAGUACCUGACGUUGACUUUGCUGUCAAAAUACGAGAGGUUAAGGCACAAGAGCGAGAGGACGCCCUCUUUCAGUGUGUCCUUACGUCACCUAUGAAUGAGAUCAAGUGGUUUGGCAAAAACGCUCCUUUGUUAAAGAAUGAAAAACAUGAAUUCAUUGUAUCUGACGAUAAACUUAUCCACAAGUUGAUUGUGAAGGAUUGUAUGCCAUUGGAUGCCGGUAUCUACGCUGCUGUGGCAGGAAUCAAAUCUUGUAAUGCCUGGCUUGUAGUUGAAGCUAACAAAGAUCCUGCUCACAAAGGAAAGAAGGCAACUCGCAAAACUACAGUGGCUGGAGGUGGUGAUGAUGAAGAUCUUUUGAGAAUAGCUAAAGAACAGCAGGAAAAGUAUUUGAAAGAAAUGGAGGAAAAAAUGGCACUUGCCAAGAAGGCUCAGGCAGAGAAGGAUGCUGCAGAUGCACUUGCCUGGGACGAGGCAGAAGCAGCUACAAAGGCAGCUGCUGAAGCCAAAGCUGCGGCUGCAGCUGCAGCUGCAGUUGCCAAGGUGGAGAAAGCAGUAGCUAGCAAGGAUGCAGCUAGCAAGGACGUAGCUGCAAGGAAAACCAAGAAAGGAGCAGAUGGUGCUGGACAUGCUGGAGGUGCUGGACAUGCUGCAGGCGCUGGACAUGCUGGAGCUGAAGGUGCUGGACAUGCUGGAGGUGCUGGACAUGCCGGAGCUGGAGGUGCUGGACAUGCUGGAGCUGGAGGUGCUGGUGGUGCUGGAGGUGCUGGAGUUGCUGGAGGUGCGGGUGGUGAAGGUGGAGGUGCAGCUGGAGCCGGCACUAAGAGCGGAGCUGGGGUUGGAGCUGGUGGAGGUGCUGAAUUGGGAGAUGACUCUGAGGGAGAAGGAGAAGAAGGGAAACGUGCAAAGCGUGUGAGAGAUGGUCCACUUGUUCCAGAUACAGUGACAGGAGAUAAAAUUGAUGAGGAUGAUGAAACUGGAGAUGGAGAAGGUGAAAAAUCUGGGAAAAAAGGAAAACGUCCCAAAAAGAAAAGUGUGGACGGUGAAGAAGCUGUUGUUGGAGAUAAAAUUGAUGAGGAUGAUGAAACUGGAGAUGGAGAAGGUGAAAAAUCUGGGAAAAAAGGAAAACGUCACAAAAAGAAAAGUGUGGAGGGUGAAGAAGCUGUUGUUGGAGAUAAAAUUGAUGAGGAUGAUGAAACUGGAAAUGAAGAAGGUGAAAAAUCUGGGAAAAAAGGAAAACGUCACAAAAAGAAAAGUGUGGAGGGUGAAGAAGCUGUUGUUGGAGAUAAAAUUGAUGAGGAUGAGGAAACUGGAGAUGGAGAAGGUGAAAAAUCUGGGAAAAAAGGAAAACGUCACAAAAAGAAAAGUGUGGAGGGUGAAGAAGCUGUUGUUGGAGAUAAAAUUGAUGAGGAUGAUGAAACUGGAAAUGAAGGAGGUGAAAAAUCUGGGAAAAAAGGAAAACGUCACAAAAAGAAAAGUGUGGAGGGUGAAGAAGCUGUUGUUGACCCAGGAGUUCACUUUCAUGCGGGGCUUUCUGACUGCAAAGCCAUUGUUGGACAACCAGCAGAGCUGGAGUGUAAACUGAGCAGUGAAGACUGUGAGGGAAUCUGGUACAAAGAUGGACAGGAGAUUAAAUCAUCUGAGAGUAUAACCAUUUCAAAAGAAGGAAGUUUCCACAGGCUGAAAAUUCAGAAAGUCACAGAGGAAGAUGCUGGAAAAUACAAAUUUGAAGCAGAUGGAAGGAAGACAGAGUCCUUGAUUGUUGUUGAAGAUCCACCCAGAUUUGAUGCUGCAGACCUGGACGCAUUUAAAACUCCUAUAACCGUGAAGAAAGGACAGAAAGCUACCUUCAAAUUACCUUAUGCUGGACGGGAACCUAUAAAAGUUCAGUGGUUCCUUGAAGGUGAAGAGCUAUCGGAUGAAACAAAUAUCAAGAUAGAGAACUCAGAGGGUUACAGCCGUCUCCUUCUAAGCAAGCUGCAGCGCAAGGACAGUGGUGAAGUCAAGAUAAAACUCAAAAAUGAGUUUGGCAUCACUGAAGCCUUCAGCGAGCUUAUUGUACUUGAUAAACCCACUCCUCCAAUGGGACCUCUGGAGAUUGUUGAAGCUUCCUCCUCUGCAGUUGAAUUCAAGUGGAGACUCCCAAAAGACAGUGGUGGCUGCAAGAUCAAAAACUAUAUCCUUGAAAGAAAUCAAGUUGGCCGUAACACCUGGAAGAAGUUGGGGCCAAUUGGUCCAGAGGCCAAAUACAGGGACGUGGAUGUAGACCAUGGCAGGAGAUACUGCUAUCGCAUCAGAGUGGAGACUGAAAUGGGCAUCAGUGAGCAAAUGGAAACGGAGGACAUUCAAGCUGGAACAAAAGCCUACCCUGGACCUCCAUCAGCACCAAAGAUUGUCAGCGCCUUCAAGGACUGCAUCAAUCUCUCAUGGGCUCCUCCUGCAGACACUGGAGGAACCAAUAUUCACGGAUACCACCUUGAAAAACGGAAGAAGGGCAGCAAUCUGUGGAGCCAAGUCAACCAACCAAAUGAGUUUAUCAAAGGUAAAGGAUUUGCUGUUAAAGAUGUGGUUGAAGGCAUUGAGUAUGAAUUCCGCGUGUCAGCAAUCAAUAACUCUGGAGCGGGUGAAUUCAGUACACCAUCUGAGUUUGUGUAUGCCAGAGACCCUAAAAAGCCUCCUGGUAAAGUCAUAGACUUUAAAGUGACAGAUUCCACCUACACAACCCUGUCCCUGUCUUGGACCAAACCCAAGGACAUUAAGGGGGUUGAGGAUGAAGCCAAGGGAUAUUUUGUGGAGAUCAGGCCUGCAGAAAACACAGAAUGGGAUCGCUGCAAUACACUUGCAAUAACUAUGACUUUCUACACUGUGAAAGGCAUGAAGUCCAUGGCCAUGUACUGGGUGAGAGUCAUUGCUGUCAAUGAUGGAGGAGAGGGAGAGCCACAGGAGCUGGAAAAUUACAUCCUCGCUAUGCCUCCUCCUGUGAGACCACGAUUCACAGAUACCAAAAAAAUCAAGAGUUUCAUGGUGGUGAGAGCAGGAAAUUCUGCACGAUUCAACAUUAAUUUUGAGGCCUCUCCUUGGCCAGAGGUCACCUGGUUGAAAGAUGGGGUGCCAGUGUCUAAAAAGGUGACCAUCAGCAAUGCAGAGGGUGCAUCCCAGCUUCUGAUUGCUUCUUCUGAGCGCUCAGACACAGGAAUCUAUACUAUUAUUGUCAAGAACAUUGUCGGCCAAGAAACAUUCAGCAUUGAAAUUAGAGUCACAGAUGAGCCCAAGCCGCCAGGUCCUGUGGAGAUUGAUGAAAAUGUGCCUGGCACAGUGACCAUUUCCUGGACCCCAUCUCCAGAUGAGAAACGUGACGACAGGCUGCACUACAUGGUGACUAAGCGCGAUUCAAGCAAAAGAUCAUGGCACCCUAUUGCAGAUCGCAUCUUCAACAAUAAAUUUACAGCCUGCAACAUCAUGCCAGACAGAGAAUACCAGUUCCGUGUCUAUGCAAAAAAUGACAUGGGCUCCUCCGAUCCCGUUGAAUCACCAAAGUGGCUGAUUACUAGCAAAAAAGAAAAGUUCCAUUUGAACAUGCCAGAAAGAAAGGUCUGUGAUCUACAGUGUGCUCCCAAGUUCCUUGUCCCAUUGAAAAUGCACGCUGCUCCUCAAGGCUAUGAAUGCUACAUGAGCUGUGCUAUAAAAGGAGAUCCCACACCUCAUGUGACAUGGCUCCGCAACAAUAUCAGUCUGAAUACCAACACUAACUAUUACAUCUCCAACACCUGUGGAGUCUGCUCUCUGCUCAUAUUGCGGGUUGGACCUAAAGAUGUCGGGGAAUACAAGGUUGUUGCAGAAAACCCAGUGGGGAGGGCAGAGUGCUCCACCAAAUUGGCUGUCAGAGAAUAAAUAAACAUGAUGAAGACGGUAGACUUCCUCUAAAACCCUGAGAGAAGUCAAGUUGUUGGUAAUUCAGAGAUGAUGCAUACUGUAUCUUUAGACAUAAACCAACCCUGUCAAAUGCACAAUGUAGUAUUAAAAAAUAUUGCUUGUUACAUCUUCCUUUUAUUCUUUUUUGAUUAACAAAUUCCUACAAAGAAUGACAUUUAUUCAAGGCAAUAGUCAGAAUAAAGGCCUAGGCAAACGUUAGUGAAAUAAAAGCCACAAACAUGUUUUGUUUGAUUCUACUAUUCAAUCCUAAUGAAAGAGAAGCUUGAAAUAAUAAUGUGCAAUCUUGCAUAUUUUACAUCUUGAAACAGAAACAGCAAAAAUCCAAGUUGUGUAACUAUAAUAAUAUGCAUGUUGAGCAGCAAAAAUAUUACAGCACAGAACUGAAAACUGUGUAGUUGCAUUUUAUGGGUUUUUAAAGUAUAAUUUAAAGAAAAUGUUUUUUGCCUAAAGCUUAUGCAACUAUGUGCUGGUGUCUUUCAGUUCAUUUUUAGGUGUUUUUAGGUUUCUAUUAAUGUUUUUAGGGACUGGUUGCAAUCAUUAUUUUUCCCCAAUUAUGGAUUUGCAAUCUUUCAUUGGAAAGACAAUCACAAAAGAAAACAUACUGACAUGAAAAAUUGAUAUGACUGUUUGUUAUAGUAUGAUAUUCUUAUGAAAUUGUGUGUGGGUUUGGUGUAAAUAAAUAUUUCAUACUCCA